AUGGCGUCAGCUGUGAAAAGAAGGCGGCCCAAUUUCUCAAACGAGGAAAUUUUAGCCCUCAUCACAGGGGUGAGGCAAAGAUGGGAAACCAUCACAGGGCCUCUGUCCUCUUGCGUCACCGCUGCAGCCAAGCAACGAGCUUGGGAAGCUGUGGUGGAGGAGGUCAACGCCGUGAGUGGAGUUGGGCGCAGCGUGGAGGAGGUGCGCAUGAAGUUCUCCGACUUCAAGCGCCACACUAAGAAGAAGUUGGGAGAAUUAAGACGUGGCGGCUCUGUCCAAACAGACACCCUCACCGAUGCUGAGGAGGCCAUGGCGCAGGUGCUGGACCCUGCAGUUGUAGCGGGUGUGGGAUCUGGUUUAGAAUCAGAUCCUCGUCCAACACCUUCUGUGUCUGCAGGGGCCACUUCUGCGGCACUUGCCGUAACACCCCAGCCCCACACUGUGGACUCCGUAUUAAGGAAAAGUGACCCCACUCAUCAGUUGCUCUAA